AGCCGGGGAGAGAGAGACAGAGCGCACUCACAGGGAGAUACAGAGAGAGAGAAGGAAGGAAGGCAGGAAUAGGAUGAAGGCUGAGCAGUAGAGAGGAGGAAGAGACUCGCGCUCUCAAAACUGGAUAUUCCUACGUGCCUCCGCCGCCUGAUCCAAUGAGUGAACUCUCUCAUACCUGCUACGCGAAGGCAUCCGGCGAGGUGAGCGGUGCUUCAGUGCGAAAGAACCGACAGUGAUCUGACAGUGAUGCUGUGUAUCAGCCUUCCCCUCUGUCCGCGCCCCUCGUUCUCCCGUGAAGCCCAUGUGACCUAACCUACACCCACACACAGGGGGCCCCCACUGCCGCUGGAGCCCACCCAUGAAUCCCAGCCCCGAUCGCGGCAAAGAGUGCCUCCCUCCCAAGAAGAGGGAGUCUCGGCAAGGAUCGUCAGAACAACACCACGCCCCUCUGGAUGACUUUAAACCACCUGUGCCAUACCGGAGUCGACCAAGCACAGGGAGAGGGGAGGGAGGCAGGGAGGCCGGUGACAGGGAGCGGGUCCUGACUAAUCCAACCCCUCAUCUCUUGCAUACUCCUCCGCCUCUUCCCGCCCCGGCUCCAGGCCUACCCGUGCCCCUGCCGUGGCACCUGAGCUACUCUCCCUCUGUCUCUCUUCCCCUUUUUUCUGGGCAGGUCAGCGAAAGGAGGGGGUCGGGGUCUCCCGCCUGGAGGGACGAUGCUCUCUCCUCACCCCUGGCCCACCACUCCAGGUGGCUUAGAGGGGAUGGGCCUCUCUCAUUGCCACCUUCCCCAUCCUCCUCCUCCAAUUCGUCCUUUAAGACUCCCUUCCCUGCCUCCGCCAGUUCCAGAGAGAUGUGGUCCUACAUUAACAGCGGUCGGCGGGACUACAGCUCCUCUCUCUUCCCUCCGUCGUACUUGUUCAGCCACCCCUCGCUCUACCCUCAAGACCCGAACCUAGCUGAAAGACACAGGUACUUGAGCAAGAGGCCCAACGGUCUGGAUGGGACAGGCAGCAGGACUGCCUCGGCCUCCAGGCCCCUGCUUACGGGGGAAUAUGGAAAUGACAGCAACAGAGUCAGGCUGGACGUAAGUCCACACAGCUCACAUGCCAACGGUGGACGGAGACAGCAAGAGGAUCUAACGUCCCGUGUCCACUCUGGGCCAUUUUUGUCAGACUCUCAAGCUCAGGAGGGCCCUGAGCCACAUUCCUCACUGCAGGACAGACAUCUGCAUGGGAUCGUCAAGACCAGCUCCAAUUUACUCUCCACCAGUCCCCACCCCCUCGUGUCAGACUCUAGGGCAGUUAGAGGGGGACUAAUGGACCACCUCGGGGCCACACCAGCUGAAGCCCAAAUCUACUACUCCUUGGGAUCAGUGUGCCACCCCAGCCCUCAGGCCCAGACCUACCCGCUCUACAGCCCCUCAGGAACACCUUUGUACAACCUGCACAGGGAGCCAGGCCCCAGGCAACACAGUCUAAGGAACUCGCCACACUCACCCCUGGUUCUGCCGAACAGCCAUGACAGGUCGCAAAGAGAUCGGGACAGAGACCAAGAAAGAGCUCUACAAAGGGACAGGGAGCGAAUCAAAGACAAAGAGAAGCAACAGCAACAGCACGACAAAGACCAAGAAAGAGACAGUGAGCGCGAAAGGCGGCGGGACAGAGACCGAGAAAGAGAUCGAGGGAGAGAGUUGUCUCCUUCCCAUCUCCACGCCUCAUCCCCGACCCUUCAGCCAUCUCCCCCUGCACUCCUACCUCACUUCACCAAGGGUUCUCUGAUCGAACUGGCCAGCGGGCAGUUGAAGCGCGUGGAGGAGCUGCGGACCGAGGACUUCCUGAGGAGUGCGGAUACCUCCCCAGAGUUCCACCUCAGCACCUGCACUGUGCUGCAGAUUUCCCUCAGCAGCACCGACGGCUUUUGCCACCUGCAGGUCCACCUCACAGACCGCAACACUCAGGAGUUACUGAAGGUCUUGGUGGAGUAUCCGUUCUUUGUGCGCCCGAGUGUCUGCUGUAGGCCCCGUGAGCUCCCUCGUCAUGGGCGACCUGCUGGUCACCCACACACCUCCGCUAGCCACCCAGCCGCACAGCACGACGCCAUCCCUCCUCCCCACACCCGCCCCCACCACACGCACCUACACCCAAGCGCAUCCACACAACCCCUCCUCCAGGCUCCGCUCCAGAGCUCGCACAGGAGAAUCCCCCCCCGCCCUCCCCCUCCCCCUCUCCCCCUCCCCCACCACCCGCCCGCCACCACGCCAGCCCCUCCACGUGUUCCGGCUGCAGUACCUCCAGCUCAGGAGCAGCAGCGUCCACGCAAGCGGCGCUGGUCUGCCCCGGACACCCUUCCCUCAACCGGAACUGAUGAAAGCCUUCUGGAUUUACCUCAUGGCUCCAAGCUAAUGAAGUGGCAGUAGAAACUUGCACAUGCGUAGGUAUACAUACGUACACAUACAUAUAAGCACAUACACACCCUCCUGGUCUCUUUUGCACCCACCAGACAAACAAUGGAGAGACCUCAAGGUAGGGUUGCAGGGAAGGAAUGAAAAAAACAACCGAAAAUUUAGUGUCCACACUGCUGCCCAAAACAUUAAUGUAGUCCACUGUAGUCUAGCCCUCGUUGCACCUUUCCUUUCCUUUCCUUUCCUUUUCCUUCCUUUCCUUUCCUUUCCUUACUUAGCACAGCCCCGAAAGGAGCAGCAGCUGAAGGAUUUCUGGAUGCUCCUCAAUGACACACUGAAGACAUUUAGUGAGACAAUCAAGCACUUGUCUGUGUUCACUCUGUUUUUGUAAUGGUUGUCCCACACACCUACUUACUGAAAGUGUUUGCUGCAGGGUAUUUUCAAUCAGUGUUAAUGGAAGUAAACGCUAUUGAAGAAGUGCAGAUAUAUAUGAACAAAAAUUGACUAUAUAUAUAUAUAUAUCUAUAUAUAUAUAUUACAUUACAGAUGUUAUAUACAGUAAAUAUGCUAAACAGAUUUAAUGCAAUCUCUGUCAAUUCUGCAAUGCAUAUACGUUUUUUUUUGUUGUUGUUGGUCUGUUUUUUUUUUUUUCUUUCUUUUUUUCUUGCUUCUGAGCCGAUGUCUACUUGUCGGCCUGGGCAGGCAAGGUGAAUGUAUGAGCAACUCUUCGCCUUUUUUAUUCUCAUCACUGGGAGUCAUUUCAAACAAUUGUUCGCCAAGGCAUUACACUCCAAUAUGUUCUUAACAUUAUCUCUGAGAAAGGGAGAACACUAAUGAAAACUGCGUGACAGACAAUCCCACCCACACAGACAGGUCUGUGACACAUCGCCUCGACACUCAUGGUGUUUUUCCAUUAAAAACUGAAUGAUGGAAAGAGUAAAAAGUGCAGUAUGGCUGAAGAGUAAUGGUGCUAAUAACACGUUGGAACAUGAUGCUUUGUGAAUACUCUUGACCCCCGUGUACUGUACGCUUCUGUUCCCAUCUCAUUUUUUAUGUACUGUAUAUGUUUGAAGACAGGGAAAAUGAUGAAAGUAUUUUAAACUCAGAUACGGGUAUAUCCUCUGAUUCAGCACACUCUCUCACUUUAGUUUGUGUCUUUUUUUAUUUCCAAAAAGAAAAUCUGACCUGUUGAUUUUUCUUUUUAAAUGUUAUAGCUACAAAAAUGUAUAUUUUUAAAAUAAAUCUGUGAAUCUGUUAUAUGAUGUUCGCUAGAAAUAAAGAAAAAAAGGCUUUAUAGAUUUAA